ACUUACAAUAUCAUCAGUCAUGAAGAGAACCAUAGGCGGUGUUAGCAAGGCGUCCGUUGACAAUACCUUUAGCCAAAGUUCCGAAUCCCAUCCAGGUUUCAGAGGAGACCAUAGCGCUCGGAGUCUUCUACCAACUUGCAAUACUCCUGUACUUCCUUUAGCAGGUCAUCACCCUUCUCGUGUUUGGCAUCCUGGCUUUGCGUACUCUAAUCAACAAAAUCUUACGCGGCGAACUGAAUAUUGGGGUCAAAACCAAAUACAAGAAAGUUCUUUCCACCAUACUGAAAAAGCGCCUAUCGCGCUUCAAUCACGACGCUUCCACAACAGUCAGCCCAGUGUCCAAUGUAGUGUCCAACGUGUGGGCUGGAGUCCAAGUUUGAUCAACCCCUGGCCAAUCACCUCACAGGUCUCAUCUCGAAUGAUAUACCCCCAGCCUACGGAAACCAAAUCUAUAACCUUUGACUCUAAUCCGGCUAAGCCAUCUGGCCAUGAUACACACCAAAUGCGAGGGAUUUCUUUCAACCAUAUUGAAGAACCUAUCGAGCUGCAAUCCCGACGCUUCGAUAACAGUCGACCCUGUGUGCAAUGUGUGCGCUGGGCUCCAAGUUUGAUCAACCCCUGGGCAAUCAACUCACAAGUAUCAUCUCGAUUGAUAUACGCUCAGCCUGCGGAAACCAAGCCUAUAACCUUUAAUUCUGAUCCUACAAAGCC